AUGGGAAUCAUUAUACAGGAGGAGGUAACGAAGGGAAAAACAAUGGAGAAACAGAAUGCACUGUUGGACCAAAAUAGAGUCUCGACGUUAUCUGUAAAAGCAGUGGAAGAAGAAGUAAAGAGAAGGAAAGAAAAUACCAAAUGUAACAACACAAAGAGUGGUGGAGUAAGACAGAUCAAAAAGUACACAAGAGAAAUAGUGCGCAGAAUUUACACAGAUAUAGAUAGAUGCUACUGUGAAAAUGGUGGAGACAAUAGUAGCAGUAGUUUAUGA